CUCCGCUCGUAACUGCGCUCACACGCAGCGCGCGAUCCCUCCCUCCGGGCUGCGCAGAUGCGGGAAGCGCGCGCAGUGAGCAGCUGUGAUUACACCGUCAUGGACACGAGCGCAGCACAGCGGAGUUGAAUCGGGACGAGUCGGACGUUGCCAAUAACAAAAACAAAGACAUUAGCACUACCCUUCUUCCCAUCGGAAUAAAACGGAUUUAGACGAAGUAGCGUCAGCUCGUUUAUGCGGUUGGAACAUGCCCGACAGACGGACUCCCGCAACAUGACAGUCUCGCGCUGGAGAAACUCUUGCUCGCGCGCUUCAUGAGAAGUCUCGAGGCCACAGAGCCGCCGCGCGCCGCCAGAUGUGCUGCUGUUAACGGCUGACACAACAUAGCGACACAAACAGCAGCCAGACGAUACUCGACCCUUCAUUUUUAACGCUUCCCAAGUGUAAACGACAUGACAUCCCGCUGAAGGAGAUGUUAUAAUCGGGGACUGUCCUGUUUGAGCAGCUGGGCGAACUGUCCGUUUAGCAUGUGCGGCUAAUCUCAGUGUGUGUUAGCGGCUAAUUAGCGCUCGAGCGUAGCGCGAGACACCCGCGACACAUCAACGGCUCUGACAGGACGAGACGCAGACACUUUCACUCUUUUUUGUGUUUUUAUUUGACUUUAGCCCAAUAAAAGGAUAUGUUCCACAUGUCCAAAAGUCUUACUGACCCGUAAAUGUGGUAGAGUUUAAUUUGUGUGCCGUGAAAGAGAGCGGUUAAAGUUAGGUGGUUGUUCCCGGUACUGGGAGUGCGCGGGGCCGAUGCGGAGCAGCGCGCACGGCGGCCGCAGGCAUGCAGCACGACUUCAGCUCCAGCGAGGAGAACAGCGCGAGAUGGCGAGGCCUGUUCGUACAGGCGCUGCGAAAGGUGCAGAUACAAGUGCAUCCAAACCUGUCGGCUAAGGAAGAUGCACUUCAGCACAUUGAGGCUCUCAUCCUACAGCUCCUGAACAAGUUGUGUGUUACACAGCCCAGAACUAUAGCUGAUGUUGAGGAGCGUGUCCAGAAGACGUUCCCAAAUCCUAUCGAUAAAUGGGCCAUGUCAGACGCUCAGGCUGCAAUAGAGAAACGCAAACGAAGGAACCCACUACUGCUGCCAGUUGAUAAAAUACAUCCACUACUGAAGGAGGUUCUGGGAUAUAAGAUCGACUACCAUGUGUGUCUGUACAUUGUCGCUGUGUUGGAGUACAUCUCAGCCGACAUCCUUAAGCUGGCUGGAAACUACGUGAGCAACAUUCGACAUUUUGAGAUCAGCCAGCAAGACAUCACGGUCUCCAUGUGUGCUGACAAGGUGUUAAUGGAUAUGUUUGAUCAGGAAGAGGAGAUGGGACUGGUUUCUCAGAGUGUAGAGGAGGUGUCUUCCUCUGGUGAGCUCACAUAUGAUGACCUGGUGCGUCUAGAGAUCGCUGAGGAACGCCAGUAUCUACGGGAACUUGAUCUAAUCAUCAAAGUGUUCCGUCAAGCCUUUCUGUCAAAUAACAAACUGUUCUCGGCUCAGGACGUAGAGUUGGUGUUCAGUAAUAUUCUGGAGGUUCAUGAGCUUACGGUGAAACUUUUGGGUCUCAUCGAGGAUGCUGUUGAAAUGACAGCUGAUGGAAGUCCACACCCCCUUGUUGGAAGCUGCUUUGAAGAUCUUGCUGAGGAGCAGGCUUUUGAUCCCUACGAGACGCUGUCUCAGGAUAUCCUCUCUAAAGAAUUCUGUCAACAUUUCAGUACUCUGAUGACCCGCCCCACUGUCGCUCUGCACUUCCAGUCGAUCGCAGAAGGUUUUAAGGAGGCUGUGCAGUAUGUACUUCCUCAGUUGAUGAUGGUUCCAGUUUACCACUGCAUGCACUACUUCGAACUGUUACAGCAAUUGCAGGAGUGCAGCGAGGAUCAGGAUGACAGAGAGUGUUUGAAACAGGCUCAGACAGCAUUACUCAACUUACAGAGCAGCAUCGAACGCAUAUAUGCUAAACACCAACCAAGGCGCAAACAAGGGGAACCUCUGUAUCGGUUACACAGCCGUGCGUCUCGCAGUAAGCAGGCAGCUAUAAAACGUAUGAAUGACAUCCAGAGAAGUAUUGACGGCUGGGAGGGCAAAGACAUCGGUCAGUGCUGCAGCCAGUUCAUCCUGGAGGGGGCGCUCCUACGGGCUGGUGCCAAGCACGAACGACACAAUUUUCUGUUCGAUGGCCUCAUGAUCAGCUGCAAAGCCAACCAGAGUUCCCGGUUGCCGGGGGCUGGCAGUGGGGCAGAGUUUCGUCUAAAAGAGAAGUUUGUGUUGCGCAAGUAUCGCAUCGUAGAUCGUGAAGAUUCGUCAGAGUUUCGUCACGCGUUUGAGCUGGUAGGGCGUGAGGACUGCGGCGCAGUGUUCUGUGCUCGUUCGGCAGAAGAGAAGAACGCAUGGAUGGCUGCGCUGGUGACUUUGCAGUACCGGCCCACUCUGGACCGCAUGCUGGACACCGUCCUGCACCGCGAGGAACAGGCGCAGCCGCUGAGGCUCCCAUCACCGGACGUCUACCGCUUUGCCAUCCAGGACUCUGAGGAGAACAUUGUGUUUGAGGAGGGAGCCCAGCGCAAAACAGGAAUCCCCAUUAUUAAAGCCGGGACAGUUGUCAAGCUCAUUGAGAGACUGACAUACCACAUGUAUGCAGACCCAAAUUUUGUGCGUACUUUUCUGACUACAUACCGCUCCUUCUGUAAACCACAAGACCUGCUCACACUACUGAUUGAAAGGAUUGAGAUUCCAGAGCCCGAACCAUCAGAGGCAGACCGUCAAGCACUUUGGAACGGAGAGCAGCCAAUGGCAGCUGAGCUCCAGAGAUUUCGACGAGAAUAUGUGCAACCUGUCCAACUCAGGGUGCUAAAUGUGUUCCGUCAGUGGGUGGAACAUCACUUUUAUGACUUUGAGAAUGAUCCUGAACUCCGCCGCAGACUUGAAGAAUACCUCACCAGCACCACACAGCUUAGAGGUAAAUCCAUGCGUAAGUGGGUGGAGUCUAUCAGUAAGAUCAUGAGACGGAAGAUUCAAACUCAGUCUAAUGGUAUCAGUCACAACAUCACCUUUGAGAGCCCGCCACCUCCUAUCGAAUGGCACAUCAGCCGUCCUGGGCAGAUUGACAGCUUUGAACUCAUGACCCUUCAUCCCAUUGAAAUUGCCAGGCAGUUAACACUUCUAGAAUCUGAUCUGUACAGAGCCGUUCGCCCAUCUGAACUGGUAGGAAGCGUUUGGACAAAAGAAGAUAAAGAGAAGAAUUCUCCCAACCUACUGAGGAUGAUUAGACACACCACCAACCUUACCCUGUGGUUUGAGAAGUGUAUAGUGGAGGCAGAAAACUUGGAUGAGAGGGUUGCUGUGUUUUCUCGUAUUAUUGAGAUUCUGCAGGUAUUUCAAGAGCUCAAUAACUUCAAUGGAGUUUUGGAGAUUGUAAGCGCCAUCAACUCAGUACCUGUGUAUCGCCUGGACCACACAUUCGAGCUUGUGCCUCAGAGGAACAGGAGGAUUCUAGAGGACGCUGUUGAGCUCAGUCAGGAUCAUUUUAAAAAAUACCUCGCCAAGCUCAAAUCCAUCAACCCACCUUGUGUACCUUUCUUUGGUAUCUACCUAACUAACAUUCUGAAAACUGAGGAAGGAAAUCCAGAUUUCCUAAAGCGUGAUGGUAAAGAGUUGAUCAACUUCAGCAAGAGACGCAAAGUAGCAGAAAUCACUGGAGAAAUCCAGCAGUACCAGAACCAACCCUACUGCCUCAAAGUAGAACACGAUAUAAAGAAAUAUUUUGAGAAUCUUAAUCCAAUGGGAAACAUGAGCGAGAAAGAGUUUACGGACUACCUGUUCAACAAAUCUCUAGAGAUCGAACCACGGAACUGCAAACAGCCACCCAGAUUUCCCAGAAAGACAACCUACAAUCUCAAGUCUCCCGGCGUUCGGCCAGUGCGGCAGACAGCUGGAGGAGGAGGAACACUUAAGGGUCACCCAGUGCCGUUAGAAAGAGAACCACCCCACAAAAUUACUUUCCGGAGCAUCGCAGAGACAGAACCCGAGACCCCCGCGUCUCUCCCCACAUCUCCUAACACGCCAACCCCGCCACAGUCUGCCAGCUCUGAUCUUAACUCUGUGUUCAUGGAGCAGGACUUGAACAGCUCCUAUGGUAGCAAUUGCAUAUUUGCCCCAGUUCUGCUGCCCCACUCCAAGUACCAUUCUGUGUCAUGUGGUAGUUUACAUCAGUUGAUGAGCGAUGAGCCAACAAAACCCCCUCCGCUGCCACCCCGCAGGAAAGACACGUCUUCGGACACCAAGUUGAGUUCCAGACCCGAAAGUCCUCCUGCCAUUCCUCCACGACUGCCGCCGCCUCCUCGUUUGCAGCCACGAGUUCCGGUGUUAAACGGUCCUUCAGACGGACCUCUCCCGAGCCCACCUCCCCCUCCUCCUCGCGAUCCAAUGCCCGACACGCCUCCACCUGUUCCACAGCGGCCGCCUGAGAUCUUCAUCAACUACCCGGUGAAUCUGCAGCCAUCUCCAGUGGGCCGUUUUCAUUGGGACUUCAUCAGCGUCCCCAGCGCUCCCAACACACCGCCUGGCACGCCCUCUCCCCGUGCUCCACCCCCCGGCACGCCCUCUCCACGUGUGCCUCGACGCCCCUGCACUCCCAGCAUCAGUCAACCCAUCCUUUGCCACCUACCCCCGCCCACUCCAGCCCCUCCCAUACCACCUCGGCACAACUCCACCCCCGCGCUGCCAAAACUGCCACCCAAGACUUAUAAGAGAGAAACCUCUCAAACAACACACCCUCUUUCACAGCCAUCCAUACACACUCUCUCGCUAGUGGACAACAGGGACAACAACGCAUAACGGGGAGAAAGCCAGUCGUCAUGGUCCGCAUUCAGAGCAACAAAAGGUCAUGUGUCUGGUGUGGGCAGAUGGAAAUGCCGCUCUGAGGCCUUUCACACCAUCAGACUCUGCUGUGGAUGUUUAUUUGGUUGCAGGUUAAGGGUCUUGGCUUCCCACGUGACCACGUCAACCAGGGUUCAACCCGGACGCCCACAGCACACCUCUCUUCAGUUGCCUUUAACUCACAGUCGUGACCUUAAUGUGACCUUGAGAUUGUACCCUUCAGGUGAAUUCUGACAUUUGGUGAGCGCUUCGUCCUCGCACUAUUUAAAGCCAAUAUGAUGUCUUAACCCAGACCCUCAAAGGCGACCUCUACUCACAGUUUCAUCAGAAGCCCCACCCAUCUGCGGAUACUUAUUAUGACCUAUGAUUUCAGCUCCAGACUUUUAAUGUGCCUUCAAAAUUAGUACUGAACAAAACAACUAAACAUAUUUCUUUAUGUGUCUGAAAACCAUUCGUCUUGUCCAUGCUUAGAACAAAUGUCUGCGUAACACCUCUAUUCACGGUGCAUGUUUGUGCGUGUGCGCGAGCUCCAAGUAUUCUGUACAAAGUGACAUAUCUGCCCUGGCUUUAUACUGUCACUUCCCACCUGGUCGCCAUGGCCGACAGUUGCUGACGUAUCUACUGACAAUCUCAGUCUGAGACCUACCAGAUUCACACUGUUGUAGAGUGUUUGGUGUGGACCAGUGUAAAGUUUGUGUGUCUUUGAGUGUUUGGGGCCUUUUUGCACUUUAGGGCAGUACUGUUACAGAAAAGAGGACUGAAACUCACAAUCCUGUGACCUUAUGACCCUGUCCUGCUGUCCCCCAUUUGGGGCUGGUCGGGACAACCAUAAGACUGCGUCCCAACUCGAAACUUAAAGCUCCCGGCAGAAUGUUCUGUUGUAAUCAUGCUUCUUGCUCUCAUUCAGGUCCUCUCCAGCUACUAAACAAGGUUCACACAGGAAGGGCUUCGUCAUUAGUGCAAAUUCCUAUAGAGGUGACCACGGAAACCGUCUUCGUGGCAAUCAGCCAUAGGGGACUCUGCAGUGUUUUGUAGUGAUGUCACAUCCUGUACGUGUAUUCUCCCACCCGGCCAUUCCCACUGAGGCUGUUCACAGCUGUUAACUGGUCAAUUGGUUGAAGUGUUAGUAAUUCCCAAAAAACUCACUCUGUGUGUUUGUGUGCGUGUGUCUGUAUGUGUGUGUGUGUGUGUGUGUGUGCGCGCGCAUUCAAAGCCUGUAACUGCUUUUGUACCAUGUUCUCCAUGAGACUCAUUAAUAAACACACAGUCUUAUUUUCUACUGAA